UAAGCCAAUGUGACGUCGAACUGACGUAAUUUUUCGGUGACGUAGUCAGGUGGGGGUUAGGAUUGGCAUAUGCAGAAAUUGUUGAGCCAGGCCAACUAGAAGUGCAUGUGGUACUAAACUAUACCAGACCUGAGGGCCAUAGUUAAACAUAAACGAAACGAUAUUUUCCAAAUGCUACAAUACUGCAAUACCGGUAACAGCAUACGAAAAAGAUUAGCAAUUUUCUUGUCAACCAUUGUCCUCCAGACAGGUCGAUCGCGAAUAUUAAAAUAAAAUCUAUUGAUCUAUGUUUUAUAUUAUAUAUUUCGAUAUUUAAUCAAUUGUGAUAAUUUUUAUAGUUCUAAUAAAAAUUUUAAAGAUAAUUAAUUGGCUCAGAGAUGAGUCAAAUUAUUGUGAUAGACAGCUCUGAUGAAGAUGAUAAACCACUAACAAAAAAUAAUGAAGAUGUUAAAAAACCUGCUGCGGAAAUCAUAAAAAACGGCAAAGAUAAACCUGCAGAAAAAUUAAACAAUCAUGAAGAAUUUUUCUUACAAUUUGUUGAUCUGUGCAAUAAAGUUGUUGGCGAGAAAGAGGAAGGACGAAAAAUAAUUUUAUUUUUGAAUAAAAAAUAUGAAGAAUCAUCAAUGGAUUAUAGGAAUUCAAGGGAAUUUCGGAAAUUACUUCAACGAUAUAUUUUAAAAUUGAAUAACGGUUCAAAAGACGUUUUUGUUCUUGUCCAUGACGUUGUCUCGAUGCUCGAUAAAAGUAAUAAAGCGGGGAGUGAAAUCAAAAAAGAAUUUCCUAAAAGAAAACCAUCUGAAAAAGGAUUUAAUAAAAACGAUCUUGCGUCAAAAAAACGAAGAGUAAAUAUUGAAUCUAUUUGUAAAGAUUUAUCAGAAAAAGUGGUAUCAGAUGAUGGAUUGAGGUGUGAGAUAAAAAGCACUGUGUCUUCCUCUAGUAGCGGUGUUGAUGUUAAAUCAAAAGAACCUUCUAAUAAUACGGAAGCAGGUACGAGCUCCACAGAGGAUGAUCGGACUUCUCAUUUAAGACGGAAACGUAAAAAUAAGAUAAAAAACCUUGAAAACUUGUUGAAAAGAAUUUCAAAUGAAAUUAUACGAUUACAAAACACUGAGUUGUCCUUGGAUGACCUUGAAAAAAGCGACACAAGUUAUAUUGUCGAAUCAAAACUUAAAAAACGGUUUAUGCAAAUCUAUACACAGUUAUGUGAAAUAAACAAGGCCCCUGUACAAACUGGGAGAGUCAUUGAAAAAAAAAUCAAAGUACAAUCUUCAAGAUUUGUAGAAAUAAAUCAAAAAGUUGCACGAUAUAUAAAUAACCCUAGAAGAGGGAACGAAUUCCCAGAUUAUGGAGAUAUUUAUCAUCUUGUGGAACAAGCGAAUAUAAAAAAUAAUUUGUGCCUUACGGAAUGUCAUAUUGAAAUUAAUGCAAAAGAAGUUUUCAAGGAAGUUGGGGAAAGAUUACAAAAACGUCGCGAAAAAGAUUUUGUUUUUGAAUUUGGGUGCUCAUCCAUUGAUGAUAAUAAAAAUAACCCAGAUCCUGCGCUUUCAGACGAAAUUUUGGGGAAAAAAUUAACAGAAAAUCGGACUCUGGCGAAAGAUAAUAUGAAGACGGUAAUCGACAAAUAUUCCAAACUACAAAAUGAUAUGAGUGAGCGGUCACAACAGAAUGAAGACAACGGAAAACUCGACGAUGAAAGUGACGAUUCCGAAAGUGAUGAAUCCGAUGUUUCAAAAACGAUACAAAUUGAUUCUGAUUCUUCUGAAACAGAUGUUGAUACAAACAUUGGGAACGGUGGGGCUGAAUGACCACUGUAAAUCGUUAAAGUGAGCUAUUUCGAAUCAUUUCCUAGUGCCAGUGCUGCCUUUUUGUGUGAGAUCAAAUUGUAUGCCAGUAUAAAUUACUGAAGUGUGACUCGAUGGAAAAAUCUAAUAAUAACUGACGCUUGCCAUUGCAACACUUUCAGUCCAAUAUUUACCGUAAUUGCACUGAAAAAUGCCAGACCCUACUUUGAUUCUACCAUUCUACGGAGUGGCUGUGAAUAAAAAGUUUAAAUGACCACUGUAAAUCAUUGAAGUGUAACUGGUCGGAAUAAUCUAAUAGUAACUGGAAACUACCAUUGCUGUCCUUUUUCUUGGAGUCAUUUUGUACUGAAGUAUACAUGGUCCUACUCUGGUGUGAUUAUAAGUCAUUGAAGUGUGACUGGUCAGAAUAUUCUUAUAGUAAAAUAUAUUCACAGUUGCUGCCAAUCGUUGUAUUAGCUAAAAAUAGACUAAAUCAUGAUUUACUUUUUUGAUUUUUCUAAGAUGUCAGAAUUUUAUUCUGUUUUGAACUUUCUUAAAACAAUUGUGAAUUUUGAUUGAUUAAUUUGUUUGAGUUUGAAGUUCAUAUUUUCAUCAUGUUUAUCGAAACACCGAUAGUGUUAUUUUUACAGAGUGUGCUAUGAUAUAUAUAGGGUGUCCAUAAAGUCUUUAAAUUUUUUUAAAUUGCAAAGGGAAUUAAUCAAUAACAUAUAUUGUUUUGGCG